CCGGGGUGGGGGGCGGGGGCGGGGCCCACGGGCUGUGGCCCCGCCCUUGGCCGCCAUUGCCGGGCCUGCCUGGGCGCCCUGCGCAGCGCCUUGGCCUCCUUUUCCCGGGCGGAGCGAGUCGGCAGGCCUGACAGGGAAUCUCCCUGACCGAGCUCACGUCUCCCCACGGCCAGAGAAGUCUCCGGCCCGGCCCGCAUCGCCAGCCCCUAGGCCCGGAGGAACGGCCCAAGCCCAGGAGAACUACUUCUACGUCCCAGCCCCGGAGGCUCCUCUGGGCAAGAUCGUGAGCCAACGGGUUCCUGAAGCCCCUCCCGGCCAGGCAGGGUUUCCCCCCGUGUUUCCGAGGAACCCUGCCUGGCCGGGCGGCUAGACGAACAUACCGUAGCACCGAUCGCGCCCGACCCCAGCAGGGGUCCCGCACAGGCUUGCCCCUGACCCCCACCCAAACGUGUUCUUCCGCUUUCCCCCCAAACAGUGCAUCUGCCGGCGGUCCCAACCCAGCGGGAGAAGUGGACAUGAGGUUGGCAGGCCCUCUCCGCAUUGUGGCCCUAGUUGUCACUGUGGGUCUCACAUGGAUCGUCAUCAGCAUCCUCCUGGGUGGGCCUGGCACUGGCUUUCCUCGAAUCCAGCAACUCUUCACCAGCCCAGGGAGCUCGGUGACUGCAGAGCCACGGGCCAGGAAGUACAAGUGUGGCCUGCCUCAGCCAUGUCCUGAGGAGCACCUGGCCUUCCGCAUGGUCAGCGGAGCUGCCAACGUCAUUGGGCCCAAGAUCUGCCUUGAGGACAAGAUGCUGAUGAGCAGCGUCAAGGACAACGUGGGCCGUGGGCUGAACAUCGCCCUGGUGAAUGGGGUCAGCGGCGAGCUCAUCGAGGCCCGGGCCUUUGACAUGUGGGCAGGAGAUGUCAACGAUCUGUUGAAGUUUAUUCGGCCACUGCACGAAGGCACCCUGGUGUUUGUGGCAUCCUACGAUGACCCAGCCACCAAGAUGAAUGAAGAGACCAGAAAGCUCUUCGGCGAGCUGGGAAGCAGGAACGCCAAGGAGCUGGCCUUCCGGGACAGCUGGGUGUUUGUGGGGGCCAAGGGUGUGCAGAACAAGAGCCCCUUCGAGCAGCACGUGAAGAACAGCAAGCACACCAACAAGUAUGAAGGCUGGCCCGAGGCGCUGGAGAUGGAAGGCUGUAUCCCACGGAGGAGCUCGGCCAGCUAGCACGGCCAGCGCCAGGGCCAGGCCAAGGGAGGCCAGGCCGAGGGAGGCACACGCGCUGCUGGGCGGGCAGAGGCCAAGGCUCACACCCCGUGCCUGGGCAGGAGUGCUCCCUGGCCCCAACACAUCAGGGAUCCAAGGCAGUGACCAGAACAUGGUCUCAAGGUUGUGGGGGCUGUGGGGACUGCAGGGGCUGGCCCUGCUGCACUUUGUCAGGGGAGCCCAGGGUACCUGCCUCCUUUUCCUAAUGCUGCGCCUACCAGUCAGCCCAUCCAGCCCUGUUCUCCAUUCCUCAUGCCAUCUCCAUGCCCAUCCUGAGUGCUGAAAGGGCCCUGGGUGUUGAAGCAGUCCCCAGCAGGUUGGGGCAUCUUCCAGAACAUCUCCCUUCCAGAGCCACUCUGCACUGCAGGCUAAACAUGUUUCCAAUGUGAUUCCUUCCAGUGAGCCAAACCUGAUUGCUGCUUCAUGAGCCUGACUGCCUCCCGCCUGCUCUAAGCAGGAAGGGCCCCCUGGAGCAGGCUGGCCUGGGUGGCGAAGUAGCUGGAGCCCGAUCACAGUCCCGUGGUUUGUCAGGGGCCCACCUUUUAGAUGACCCCUUAAUAAAGUGAUGGCCCCACAGAAGAAA